AUGUCGUCUCGAAAGGCCGCGUCCGCGCUGGCGCGGUGGGCGCUGACAACGCGAUCGCGCCCGACGACGACGACGACGACGACGACGAGCGCGAAAGAGCCGCGCGUCGCCUCGCUCGCGUCUUCGCUCCAUCGCGCGCGAGCGCACAACAACGCGUCCACGUCCGAGUCCUCCGCGUCGACGAUCGACACCGUGAACCGGUGGGAGACGGAGAAGUUCGAGCGCGACGCCGCGCUGUGGUGGAACGAACGCGAGGGCCCGUUCGCGCCGCUGCACGCGAUGAACCCCGCGAGGCUCGGGUUCAUCCGAGACGUGCUCGUGAACCACUUCCAGGGCGACGUCGAGGGAGGGAUCGGGAUCUCGCGCGCGAACCGCGGCGUGGAAGGGAUCUCGCGCGCCGCCGGGUCAGGGUCAGGGUCAGCGUCAGGGUCAGGGUCAGGGUCAGGGUCAGGGUCCACACGCUCGCCCCCGUCCGCCGACGCCGCGCGCGACGCUCGACCCCUCGCCGGGCUGCGCGUGCUGGACGUCGGCUGCGGCGGCGGCAUCUUGUGCGAGUCCCUCGCGCGCAUGGGCGCGGACGUCACCGGGAUCGACGCCGGGAAGAGGAACAUCGACAUCGCGAAGAAGCACGCGUCGUUGGACCCCGCGAUCGACGCGAAGAUCACGUACCACGCCGCGCCCGCGGAGGAGCUUCUCGCGUCUGGCGCGUCCUUCGACGCGGUGCUCUCCAUGGAAGUGGUGGAGCACGUGGACAACCCGGAGACGUUCGUGAAGUCGCUCCACGGGCUGACCAGACCGGGCGGGGCCGUGGUCAUGAGCACGUUGAAUCGCACCGCGCGGUCGUACGCGCUCGCGAUCGUCGCCGCGGAGAGGAUCAUGGGCUGGGUGCCCCCGGGGACGCACGAGUUCGGGAAGUUUUUGACGCCGGAGGAGUUGACGGUUUUGUUUCGCCGCGCGGGACUGACGCUGCGGGAGGCGGCGGGGAUGAGGUACACCCCCGGGGUGCCGCUGAUCGGGGGUGGGCUGAAAGGGGGGUCGUGGUCGUUGUCCGCGGGCGAUCUCGCGGUGAAUUACAUCGUGUACGCGUCGCGGCCGAAGUGA